CGAUAGCCGGCAUGGUCACUGGCCUAUCUACUGAGUAUAAGUAUCCCAAGCCGACAAACCGUCGCAAAGCAUCUGAGCCGGGGAUGGGUCGUGGAAGCGACUUACAAGAAUGUGCGGUAUCUCAGCGAUGGUUAUUGACCUAUCGAAGAUUAGCAUCCCAAAACCGUAACUUGUCACACAGCAUUCAAGCUGGAAAUCAGUUGGAAGCCACAUACAAGGAUCGUGAGAUAGCGAAUGCUGAUGUGUGAUAUUUCAGCGAUAGGAAUGGCGCAGCUGCAUCCGAUUAGCAUCUACGUUCGAUAUGCUUAGACGAUG